UCCUGCUGACCCUCAGCGCCGUCGGGCUCAUCCUCUGGCAGUGCGCCGAGCUGCUCCUCAACUACUACAGCGCCUCCGUCUCUGUCACCGUCCAGUUCCAGAAGCUGCCCUUCCCCGCCGUCACCAUCUGCAACAUCAACCCCUACAAGUACAGUUCCAUGAAAGACUACUUAUCUGAAUUGGACAAGGAGACCAAAAAGGCUUUGGAGACUUUCUACGGAUUUUCAGAGGGCAAGUCCAGGGUGCGCCGGUCGGUGGGUGAGUGGAACAGCACAGGGAGCGAAUUCUUCAAGCAGAUCCCUCUGCUCAAGUUUGAGGACUUCUCAAAGACAGCGACUGACCUCUACAGUGGCCAGAAGAGGAAAAUAGAGGGCAGUGUCUUUCACAAGGACUCGUCCAUAGUGAACUCCGGGGACUCGAAUGAUAUCAUAGGCUUUCAGCUGUGUGAUGCGAACAACAGCAGUGACUGUGCACUUUAUACGUUCAGUUCUGGUGUUAAUGCCAUCCAGGAGUGGUACAAGCUGCAUUACAUGAACAUCAUGGCACAAAUUCCCCUGGAGACUAAAGAAAAAUUGAGUUAUUCUGCCGAUGACCUUCUACUGACGUGUUUCUUUGAUGGCCUAUCUUGUGACAAAAGGCACUUCACUCGUUUCCAUCAUCCCCUGCAUGGCAAUUGCUACACCUUCAACAGCGGGGAGAACGGGACCGUCCUCAGCACCUCCACGGGCGGCAGCGAGUACGGGUUGCAGGUUGUUCUAUACAUAGGUGAAGCAGACUACAACCCUUUCCUGGUGACGUCCACAGGAGCCAAGAUCAUUGUCCACGACCAGAACGAGUACCCCUUCAUCGAGGACAUCGGCACAGAAAUCGAGACGGCAGCAGCCACCUCCAUCGGGAUGCACUUUACUCGGUCUCGCAAGCUGAGCAAGCCCUACAGUGACUGCACGGAGACUGGUGCUGACAUACCAGUAGAAAAUCUCUAUAACAAGAGCUACUCACUCCAGAUUUGCCUGCACUCCUGCUUUCAGAAGGCCAUGGUGGACUCGUGUGGCUGUGCCCAGUACGCCCAGCCCUUACCUGCUGGGGCUGAGUACUGCAACUACAAGAAAAACCCCAACUGGAUGUACUGCUACUACAGACUGCACGAGAAGUUUGUGAAGGAGCAGCUUGGCUGCCAGCAGAUCUGCAAAGAUGCCUGCAGCUUCAAGGAGUGGGCACUCACCACCAGCAUCGCCCAGUGGCCAUCCACUGUCUCAGAGGACUGGAUGCUUCGAGUUCUCUCUUGGGACAAAGGGCAAAAAAUCAACAAGAAGCUGAACAAGACAGACCUCGCAAACCUCAUGGUGUUCUACAAAGACCUGAACGAGAGAUUCAUUUCGGAGAAUCCUGCCAACACA